AGUCGGGUCAAAGGUUACCCAAAAAAAGAAGAAAAAAUCAAUGUAAACAUACUUAACCUAAUUUAUAUAAUUUCAUUCCGGAAAAGUUGCGAUGUUUUCUAGUUUUGUGUAUUUGAAAUGGUUACUUAAUUAAAUUAUGAAGUGAUUUGGAUACAUUCACUCGCUGUGUUCAUAAUAUUAAAAUGGGAAAGGCGGCAACUGAAAAGACCCGCAUUCACUCGAAAAACAUGGCUGAAACAAAACACUCACUGUAUUUUUCUCAGCUGAAAGCUAUGUUGAAGAGAAAUAUUCUGUUAAAAAAGAGAGAAAAACGGAAAACCACAGCGGAAGUGUUAUUACCAUUAUAUUCUUUAGCCAUAUUGAUCGUUAUCAAGGUAACAAUGCCAAAUCCCAAUUUACCAGAAAUGGAUACUCCUAGAGGAGAAGAAGAACUGUUACAUUAUUUUGGAAAAGUAGAAUCCCAUACUAUAGCUGUAGUACCAAAUUCAUCAGAAGUGGUGUUGUUUCUUGAACAAGUUGACGCCUUGUGGGGAUCUGUUAAACAAUUGAACACUUCAAGAAUAAAUUGGAAUUUGUAUGCAUCCGAGAAAGAUUUGAUGGCAGAAUAUUGGCACAGGCCCAAGUCCAUACCUAUAGCACUAUUAUUUGAUAACCAGGAUCCGUUGAAUGGUCCUCUGAGAUAUGAGAUCCGAACAAACCCGUCUAUCAUCGGUACACCACCGACUUCGAUUUUGUAUAGUUCUCCUUUGGCAUGUCGUGUUACUAAUAAUAAAUGGUACAGUUAUGCCAGAGUUAUUCCAGCAAUGGAAGGUGGCGAUAGUUGUCCUGUUAAUCAAUAUUAUUUCUCGGGAUUUUUAGCCCUUCAAGCUCUUAUUGAUUAUACCAGGAUUAAGAUCGACACAAAUACAGACCUUAAAGUGCCUCAACUACUUUUGGAAAUGUUUCCAAAGCCAGCACAUACUGGAAAUUGGAUGUUUUUAAUUCGUAUAAUAAUUCCUAUUUAUAUGGUUAUGGCUUUAUCUCAGUUCAUUGCAUACUUGUUGAUAUUAAUAGUUGGUGAAAAAGAGAAGAAAAUUAAAGAAGGAAUGAAAAUAAUGGGUUUAAAAGAUUCUGUUUUUUGGUUGUCCUGGUUCAUCAUAUAUGGAGUGUUUGUACUAUUUCUAUCUGUUAUUUGUGUAGUACUGCUGUAUAGCUUGAAAGUAUUUACAAAUACGAAUUUCUUAUUGAUAUUUAUUUUGAUUGUACUAUACUGUUUUUCUAUCAUUAUGUUUGGAUUCAUGAUUACACCAUUCUUCGAUAAAUCAAGGACUGCCGGGAUAUUGAGUAAUUUCAUAGUAAUUAUAAUGAGCAUGUUUUAUUUUGUACAAGUAUUUUUGAAAAAUUCAAAUCCGAUAGCUCUAUGGUGUUUAUCAGUGAUAAGUCCUUCUGGAUUUGCUCUUGCUAUCGAUAAUGCAAUUGUUAUGGAUUUAUCGGGUGAAGGAGUGAAUAUUAGUAAUAUUUGGUCUGGUCCUGGUGUUCCUUUUGGGGGCAGUCUAAUAAUGAUGGCAGUUGAUACAGUUUUAUAUGGAUUAUUAGCCUAUUAUUUAGACAGCAUUGUGCCCAGUGAACAUGGAGUGAAACGGCCGCCAUUUUUCUGUUUCAAGUGGUCAUUUUGGUUUCCUAAAAAAAAACAUCAAAAGCUUCCUCUUGCAAACGGUGAAAGCUCAGAACAAUCUUUAAACAAUACUGACUAUACAUUAGAUGUUGAGCCAGUUCCAAGAGAAAUGCGAGGAAGAGAAGCAAUUAAAAUUGUCGAUCUGUAUAAAACAUUUCAGCAUUGUCAAAAACCCGAAGUUAAAGCUGUGAAUGGAAUAAAUCUAACAAUCUACGAAGGACACAUCACCGCCAUUUUAGGCCACAAUGGCGCUGGAAAAACUACUUUAUUCAAUAUCCUCACUGGAUUAACAGCUCCUACUGCUGGUACAGCAUAUAUUUUUGGACAUGAUGUAAGAGAUCCAAAUGAUAUGGAUGCAAUUCGAAGAAUGACUGGUGUUUGUCCACAACAUGACAUUUUAUUUGAUAAUCUAACCCCUCGCGAACAUCUCGAAUUUUUUGCAGCAGUUAAAGGUAUCCAUCCAUCUUUAAUAGAAUUUGAAGUCAUGAAAACACUAAGAGAUAUUGAUUUAACUGAUAAAGCCAAUUCAUCAAGUAAGCACUUAAGUGGGGGCCAAAAGAGGAAAUUAUCCAUUGGCAUAGCGAUAAUUGGAGAUCCAAAGAUAGUAAUAUUAGAUGAACCUACUGCUGGUGUUGACCCUUAUUCACGAAGACAUAUGUGGUCAGUCUUGCAGAAUAAACGUCAUGGAAGAGUAAUUCUAUUAACGACACAUUUUAUGGACGAAGCGGAUAUUUUAGCUGACAGAAAGGCGGUAGUAUCUAAAGGAAGCAUUAGAUGUUGUGGUAGCUCAUUGUUUCUUAAAAAUAAAUUUGGAAUUGGAUAUCAUCUUACAUUAGUAUUAGAAGGACAUUCUAAAGAACAUGCAAUAAACAAACUCGUCACUACGCAUGUACCGAAAGCUGAAAAAGCUCGAAGACAUGGAAGGGAAUUGAGUUUUAUACUACCUCAUAAUGCUGUAUCCAAUUUUGCGUCUUUAUUUUCUGCUAUAGAACAAGAAAUUAAUAAUAAAAGUAGUAAAUUAGGAAUAUCUAGCUACGGUGUUUCCAUGACCACUUUAGAAGAAGUUUUUCUUCAUUUAGAGCGAGAUGAAGAAACUGAAGAGGAUACAGUCGACAAUCUAUCAAAAAAGAUUGUAAGGAAUAGGGCAUUAAGCCGAAGUCUUAGUUUACAAAACAAAAGUACAAGUUAUCAAUCUUUACAAAAUGAAAGUAAUAAUGCACUUAUUCAAGAUGCCAAAGCUGCCGGAGACUAUGAUGUAAACGAUACUUCUACGAAGGGUAUUGGUUUGGAAUCUAUAGAUUGUAAACCAAAUUGGUUUCAAACUUUAGUUGCCCUAUUACGACUAAGAAUUUUGCGUUUACGACGAGAUAUAAAAAAGUUAUACUUCAUGAUAUUUCUACCUCUAGGCUUAGCUGUUCUAGGAUUAUUUGUCAACAGUUGGGAAACAGGUCAAUUAAGAACGAAAUCACUUGCCCUCAAUUUGUCGAUUUAUCCCCCAAUGCCAAUUGCUGUGCAUAAUGGAUCAGAUGCCAAUUUAGAUGAUUUUUUUAUUCAACUAUUAGACUUAGAUGCCUACGCCUUAGAUGAUUACGAUGGUAAUUUUUCAUCUUUAUUGAGCAUAGCACCACAUAUGAUGGCAUUUAAUGUAAAUCGAUUUGAAUAUCCCGAUUACAGUAUAACUGUGCUUUAUAAUGAUACACAACAACACAGUUUACCUAUCGCUCUAAAUUUAAUAAAUAACGCUCUUUUCAGGUUAUUGUCAGGUAUGGUGGUAAAUAAUGGAAAGUGGAAUCCAAUAGAAGUAAGAGCUCAACCGUUCCAACAAACAUCUAGUGAUUUUAGUUUGGGUAUGGGUACAGCUACGUUUACCAUGGGGAUGAUUUUUGCUCUUAUUCCCGUUACAUUGGCUACAGAUAUGGUCUAUGAUCGUGAGAUUAAAGCAAAAAAUCAAUUAAGGGUCAAUGGUUUGUCUUUUUCAUUGUAUUUUAUAAGUUACUUCAUUGUAUUAGCAGCAAUUAUGGCUUUCAUAUGUGCUAUAUUAUUAUUACUAGUACUACUUUUUAAAACACCAUCUCUGUCAUCGUGGCCUGCGUUAACAACUAUAGGAAUUUUAAUUUUUUUCUAUUGUCCAUCAUCAAUUCUAUUUAGCACUUGCGUUAGCUACAUAUUUGACAAAACGGAUUCUGCACAAUCAAUUAUGUCAAAUGUAUGUACUCUCCUUGGCUGGGUACCAUUUUUAUUAGUAAUGAUUCUUGGUGGAAACGUAGCAUUAACACUACAUAUAAUCUGUUCUCUUCUUAACACGAUGUAUCUUCCUUACGCAAUAAUUUAUUUUGUACAAAGGGUAGAUCUAGCAUGUAAGAGCAAUUUUGGCUGCACUGAAUUAACAUUAGAGAACUAUAUGACCAAAGAAAUCAUCAUCAUAUUCGUGGGUCUACUACUUCAUAUUCCAUUUUGGUUCUUUAUUCUCCUUAUCGUUGAUAUUAAGAAGAGCGGAGGUCGAAUAAAAGAUAUUUUUACGUUCCAAAAGAAUGUUAUUGAUGAUCUUACUGAAGAUGCUAAUGAAGCAAGUGAUAUUGGUGAAAAUGAAGAUCAUGAUGUGAAAGCCGAGAGACAUAAAGUGAAAAAUUUAAUGCACAAUCAUAUAAUAAACCCUCCUGUGGUUAUGGUUGAGAAUUUACAUAAAGAAUAUGUGAAGAGCCAAAUAAGAUGCAACUGUUGCAAAUCAGAAGAAGAAGUCGAAACAACGAAAAUCGCUGUUAAAUCUCUUUCCUUAGCUGUUGAUGCUGGAGAAGUAUUCGGUCUUCUGGGACACAAUGGUGCUGGAAAAACCACAACAAUGAAAAUCAUUACGGCUGAGGAAGCACCAACAAGAGGAAGAGUUCAAAUAGCCGGUAACAGUAUAACAUCAAAUAUGAAUUCUGCAUUCCAACUACUCGGGUACUGUCCCCAGCAUGACGCAUUAUGGAAAAAUAUAACUGUGCGAGAGCACUUAGAAGUUUAUGCUUCCAUACGGGGUGUGCCUUAUCAGUCCAUUUCUCGUCUAGUCAAUUUAUAUCUGAGCGGUCUGCAAAUUCAUGAUCAUGCAGAUAAGCAAACGCAUCAGUGUUCUGGUGGUACUAGGAGAAAACUUAGUUUUGCUAUGGCUAUGGUUGGCAAUCCUAAAAUAGUUCUCUUGGACGAGCCAAGUACCGGUAUGGAUCCUAAGAGUAAAAGAUUUUUAUGGGACACUGUGCUGGCGAGUUUUCAGGGUUCAAAAGGAGCAAUCCUAACUACGCAUUCCAUGGAAGAGGCAGACGCUUUGUGUUCCAGAGUAGGAAUUAUGGUCAAAGGAGAAUUAAGGUGCCUUGGUUCGACUCAACAUUUAAAAAAUCUUUACGGUGCUGGAUAUACCUUAGAAAUGAAGUUAGGUGGAGGAGAUAUGACUCCAACAUCAGAUUCUGGAGAUAGGCAUGAUGAACUUAGGGAGUUCAUAUCCUCACUCUUUCCAGAAGCUACACUUCAAGAAAGUUUUGCUGACAGGCUUGUAUUCAGUGUCCCCCAACAAAGUGUUCCGUCGCUAGCGAAUUGUUUUAAACAAUUAGAGAAGGCUAAAGUAGAGCUGGACAUUGAAGAAUAUAGUUUUAGUCAAACAACGUUGGAACAGGUGUUCUUGAAGUUUGCCCAUGAAAGCGAAAACGACGAAUAGAAUUGGAAAGAAAAAUCGCAUAGUGUUUAUUCAAUUGUGAUCUUAAUAAAUAGUAGGGUAAAAAUAUAAAUAAGGGACAGUCGUUUAUAAAAUUUUACAAUAUUUGUUAUGUUCAUCUACUAACAUGAACUGUUAGUAAGUUUUUGUUGCUUCUAUUUAUAGAUUUAUUUAAUUUAUUAUUUAAAAAUACUCAGAUACCAGAUAUUAAAAUGUUUAUGAGGGCAGUCUCUUCACACUUACAUAAAGAUCUCGAAUCAAAUUAAAGAUAGAGUUUAAAAAUAAUUAUUUCUCGAAAAUUAAUGAAUUGGCCUACCAAAUCUCUUAAGUAGUAAACUAGUACUUAUUGAUUACUGGAAAUCGUUAAAAGUAUCGAGAAAAACUAUAUUUUUUUAUUAAUUCAAUUUUCUCAAAAACUAAGUGUGAAUAGUUAUGGUAGUGUUUAUCUCACUAUAUUUUCUCACAAAUUCAUGUAUCAGCAAAAAAUUUUAUCGGAAAUAUUUAUGGUAUCCAACAAGAAACGAAUUUUUUUCACUUAAGUUUUAAUGUAUUUGCGCGUAGGACCACUAAAAAUUUUGUGAGAUUGUGAUUUCGUUAUUAUUAAAUAAAAUUUUCAUUUAUGGUUAAUUUGAUUAAUGGUGAUCUUAAUUUUUGUGUGUUAACAAAACCAAAAAGGCAGCCCUCGGUAUUGAUUGAUUAAAACUUUCAAAGUUACAACAUUGUAGCAUGAGGUUUAUUUAAAGCAAUUAAACCUCACUUUCAACACAUUUUGAGAAAAAAACUUUCAGUGACAGCUUGCUUUAUAUUUACAAUAAGCAGCUUUUUUGCUGAUUAAAUGUUCUUGUAGUUCUAACUCAACCAAAUAUUUUAUUCAUUUUGCAUUGCGCAGUUAAUUUUAUCAUUUUGUUCACUCCAGAUUCAGACAAUUGUACAUUUUGAGUGAUAUAUUUUAUUUCUAAUUUCAUAAAAUUCAACCAAGUCUCAAACUAAAUAAGUUGAUUUUUUAAUUUUCAUUGAUCUCGUAUAACUUAAAAAGAUCUCAAAAAUUUAUAACUGUCCAAAUAUUUUCCUGCCGAUGAAAAAGUGGAUUUUGGUAUCGAACUUGUGAAUUUAUAUCUACACAUCACAUGUCUGCAUAUUUUUCAAAAUAUAUUUUCGAAUAUACAAAUUAACUUAUACAGGGUACGCUAUUACUGUUAAAUAUUGCCAAGAUGAAUAAAAUGAUACUAAGAAGGUACAGUUCGGCCAUUACGAGAUGAGUAAUAAUUACAGUGUAAUUAUAGGCUAAAAAAAUACAAACAAGCAAAGAUACAUGAGUUGGUACAUUAUUUCUGGAGCUCUAAAUUGUUUUGCCACAAAUUGGAUUUUAUUGUAUUGCAAUCCAAGAGCGCACAUAUAUUUGACAUUUGAUAUUUCCAUUGGGAUGAUUAAGAGUUGGUUCAACAUUAUUAUCAUAUACCUAUGAUCAAUCAAGAGAUAACUUUUUUAGCAAAUAUCUAUGAUUGUUAACUUCAUUCAUUAGCUUCUAAUUGAUUCUCAAUUUUUAAAUUUAAUGCCACCGUUUACAUUUCCUACUCAAAACAUGAAAAAACUUCUUGCGCUCUAAUUUACCAAGUCCCAAACCAAACAAAAUCUUUUCUGCGGUCUCAUCGGGUACCAAUAUGAUCCAAGUCGGAACAGUUGAGCUUUAACUGUAUAGGAGUUUUAGUGAUUAUGCGCAAGAUACCUGUAUUUCAUAUUGUAGAUAAUUGAUAACCAUCGCUGCAAAUAAAAUUCGCAGGAUGUUCUGUAUUUAUAUUGUUUAUCUAUGUCAGAAUUAAAAGAAAAUAGAAUAAAAGCAGCCAUAUAAAGAUAUAUAUUUAUAUAUAUGUCAAUAUGCUUGAGGUAUGGCUUUCAAAUAAAAUUAUUGUGUACAUCGAUCGGAUAUUCUGGCAGAGGAAAACAAGUCUACUAACUAACUACUGCGGAUUUCUUUAUUAGAUUAAAAAUUUGCAGAAAAAAUCAAUUCUCUUCCUAAACAUUCCAUUUGUGCUCCCAUUAUUUGUCGAUCCAUGUGAAUUGUAAGAAAAUUUCUAGCCUCGUAAAAGAAAUUUUGUUGACUUCAUAUUAUUCUCCUACUUUCCUUCUUAAAAUUAGCAGUGCCCUGUAUAAAUUGUAAUAUAAAUAAAAUUCAUUCAAAAAUCAUAGUUUUAAUUACUAAAUAAGUUUAAACCCUAAGUUUUGAAUGUUUAGCUUUAAUAAUUUUUACAAAAACAAAAUAGUGCCUCGAUUAAAACUGCUUAAACUUGCUUGCAUUGUAUAAAUUCUUUUGCAAAAUAGGAAUCUACUUGAUGAAGUAUCGUACUUAACAAAUCUUGUUAUUUAAAUAUAAAUUUAAAACUAAUACUCUCUGUAACAGAGCAAAAUAUAGAUUUGAAAAUAAAUAUUACCUACUUGA